GAACGUGUAACCAAUCAGAAUCAAGCAUUCAACAGCUAUGUAAAGUGGAAGUAAAACAAAGCAGCAGCUCGACGCCAGGAAGCAUUUUCAUGUGUUUGUGAUCUACCUGAAAACACUGAAGAUGGCGACAGCUGACUCACUUCCUGAGAUGUCAGAGAUCAGCUCCAGUCCAGAUGAUCCAGUGAUCCGGGUUCUUCUGAUGGGCAGAAACGGUUCUGGGAAAAGCUCAUCAGGAAACACUAUACUGGGAGAAAAGAAGUUUAAAGUCCAAAAACAUAAGAAGAAACAUGCUGAAGUUUGUGAUGAAGCAACUCAGAUCGGAGAGAAGCAGGUGCAUGUGAUUAACUCUCCAGAUCUACUGGAUCCAGAUCUGUCUGUAGAGAAGCUGGAGGAACUGAAAGAGGAGCUGGUCUCUCGAUGUUCAUCAGGUCUCAGUGCAGUUCUGCUCACCGUUCCUCUAGAGGAAACUGUGCAAAAUGAAGAAGAGAUCCUUUAUUAUAUUAAAGGUUUAUUUGGUUCAGAAGUCCAGAAGUACAUCAUGAUUCUGUUCACACGUCAAGACGAGCUGGAGGAUCAGGAUGAGUCCAUUGAGGAAUAUCUACAAGAUCAUGCGGAUCUCCAGCGACUGGUGACUGAAUGUGGAGGAAGGUUUCACUGUUUCAAUAACAAGAAAGAAUUAGAGAGUCAGAGACAAGAACUACUGCAGAAGAUUGAAGGAAUGAUGAUGAAGAAUGGAGGAAAAAUUAUCAUAAGAAGAAGAAGAAGCAGCAUGGAUACUGAUACCAACUUUUUGGGAGAGUCUCCAGCUGAAGAUCCAGAUGAGACUGAUGUGAUUCCAGUGAGGAAAGAACAGAUCAGACUGGUUCUGCUGGGAAAAACUGGAUCUGGGAAAAGCGCCACUGGAAACAGCAUCAUCGGAAGAAACGUGUUUGAAUCCUCCACAAGCUCGAUCUCUCAGACGAAACAGUGCAGUUUAGAGACUAUAGUGAGGUUUGGUAAAGAGAUCUCCAUGAUCGACACACCUGGACUUUAUGAUACUGCACUCAGUGAGGAGGAAGUUAUAAACGAAAUGGUUAAAUGUGUAACAUUCGCUUCUCCUGGACCGCACGCUUUCAUUAUUGUGAUUAAAGUGGGUCGUUUCACUGAGGAGAAUAAAAAAACAGUGGAGAAACUUAAAGAAGCAUUUGGAGAACACAUACUAAAAUACACCAUGAUCCUCUUCACGCACAAAGAUGAGCUGGAGAAAGAAAACAAAACCUUUGAGCAGUUCCUACAGGAAAGUGAUCCAGAUCUCAAAAAACUUGUAGAGAGUUGUGGAAACCGGUUCUUCUUUCUGGACAACAACUCUGCCAGUUUCCCACAGUUCAAAGGUCUGAUCCGUAAAAUAGAGAAGAUGGUGGAAGAAAAUGGAGGGACGCAUUUCACCAAUGACAUGUUUGAAGAAACAGAGAAACACAUUCAGGAGACACAGAGAAAGAACAUGCAUGAAAAACUGACGCAAUACAAACAGGAGCACAAAAUGGCCAGUCCAACAGAAUUGGAAAAAAUAUGCUCUGGUUUAGCAGAUGAGUGUCGAAGUGACGCUCUGAAGUUCAUUGUUGCUGAAAUAUGCGUAAUCGCUGUUGCUCUUCUUUCGAGCAGAUCGACAACACACAUUCCCGGUGAUGAUCCUCUGGAGGUUGUAGUCAGGGCCAUAUGGAAACUACUAAAACAGAAUAUGUGUGUAAUUCAUUGAGAAAACUCCAUAAUCAUCAAAUACACAGGCUUAUUGGGGCUCCUGCAAACUUAUUAGCAUUUUUCAUAACACUAUUUAAAAUAUUUUUUUAGAAUUUUGUAUUGUAUCGUAAUGUUUUCUUUAUCUUUUGAUAAGGCUAAUGCAUUUUGCACAUUCUUAAAUGUAUGGAUAUGUACUUAAAUGUAUGGAAGCUAUUCUGCCAUGGAAUGAAAAAAUAAAAUUUUUUU